UAAGCUUUUAACGGCAGGCGCUGCUGCUAGCAUCAUCCACCGUCGCCAGUGCCACCACCACCACCUAUGGCACCACCACCACUGUCGUCGACGAUAACCACCGGAACGAAGAGUCUGGUGGCAGAGAGGCUGUUGCUCGCGCAGUCUCAGCAACGCGUAGGCCCCCAAUACACCGACACUGCUCCUCUGACCCUUCAAGGCGGCCAGUCGAAGAUCCAGAGGAUCAAAAUGUCGGAGGCGGAAGAUAUUCGAGCCGCCGUUGUGGAGAACCAUGAUUUCCAGAAUAUCAUCGAAUCAGAUAGCAGACGAUCCAGUUCUGUGGAUUAUUUAGACACGUACGAGGACAUCCCGAAGGAGACCGUGAAAGAAUUCCCAGAAGAGACGAAGGAGGAGCUGUACCAAGAGGAAAAGGAGAAAGAGGCGUAUGUGGAGAACGAGAGGAAGUCGAUCGUGUUAGAGAGGAAAGAGGCCAAGCAAGCAGAGGAGAGCGCCACGAGAAUAGGGGACACGACGACCGCGACGACAGCCACGAGCGCGACGUCAACGAGCACCGCGACAGGUACCAGCAUCGAUGGACGGAACGAGAACCCGCCAGUCGGUGAGUGGAAUUCAUUGCCGCUACUGGUAGAACGUCUACGCGCGGCGCUCGAGCUCUCCAUAGGGGGUCGUCGCGACGACGAGCCGCCAGCGUUGCCCGAGGACUCUGGCGUCGACUCCGAGGAGGACUUCCGGAUACGCAGUUCCAUGGAAGAGGCUCUUGGCAACAGCAAGGAGCCUGAUCUGAAGAAAGACCUGAAAUUCCUGGAGGAUCUUCUACUGUCGGAUAUUCAGACAGCAUUGUCGCGUCUUCGUGAAACGUUGGAGAGGAUCGACGUGGCUGCUCUAGCUAAACACGGUGCUGCAUCUGAUCCUACAAGUAAAUUGCAGUUAUUGAAACUAGUGUCGAGUUUAUUGUCAAGGCUACAGGUGCCGGAGGAAACAGUUGUGAAGAUACCAGUGCUACCAUCGACUUCUUUGAGCAGAAGACGAAGAGGAACCAGGCAUACAAUUGGUGUUUCCACGGAGGAAUUGGCUAAAGCUAGGAAAUGGCUGGAGGAGACCAAUAGUCUACCAUUGGAGGAACCUGUUGCGCCUAUUGUGAAGGAGCAGAGUGUAACUGGACAUAGUGUGACUGUGGAGAAGAAACCGGAGGAAGUUCGUGAUAAGUGCACGAAGGACGCGAUUAAUCAACGUCAACUGUUGGAGGACAAGAAUAAGGAGAUCAGGGAGAGCUGCGUGUUUCGCGGGAUCCAACAAGUGGAUGGUAUUGAUGGUAACUCGAGCGGCGGUGAGUCGAGUAUGUACCAGGCUCAGUACAGAGCUAACAGUUACCAGGAUAAAGAGAAUAAUAUAGAAGAUAGUGAAGAGAGGAGUCGUGUGAGUAAAUUGGCUGCUGCUUUGAGGCAACGUGCAGAAUUAGCAGCUUCUAAUGCAGCAAAAUACGGGACUAGUAAUAAGUUCAGUGCUAAGAAAUCAAAAAUCAAACGUGCCAAUACCAUUGAUAUACCUAGUUACUUAAAAUUACAAGCAGAGAGUCUUGGUCACGAGACAACAGGUUGUGUGUCUCUGAGGAAACCAAUUAACGUUGGAGACAAAUCCUUUAAUUCAAUUAACGUUACAGUGCCUAGUUUUCAGCCUAAGACAGAGAACGACAGAAAGUUCCUAGCUCUGAUUAACAGAAACAACGAGGCACCUGUGGUCGCACCUGUAGCUCCCUUCAAAGUCUUCGGAAACACCAGAACCAUGGAUAUGUCAGCGUUGACCAACGAAAAUUGGAACAGCAGGUUCUCCAAUAUCAAAACCACCUUCGACAAGCCGUCAGUGGCUGAGGAAAGGGAGAGCAGAUCUUCUUUAAAGGCUCGUGCCAAUAAAAUGUUUCCAGGUGUAUCUCAAACUCAAGUCUAUUCCAAUUCUAGUCAGAAUUAUGCACCUCAGUUAGCUAAAAUGGACACUUCUACAGGCUUCCGACAUGCACCUUCGUCUCCUUUUCGUAAGAUAGAAAAAUCCUCACCGGGAUCACCUUCGAAACUACCUCCGUCGUAUCACUGGCCUAGGAACGCUCCAGUCCCGACUAACACGCUGAAAGAGAAGGCGAGAAAGAUGUUCGACAGGGAGAACGCGCCGCCGUCCUCGAAAUCCUCCAGAGCUGAUCUGGAGAAGCCUAGUUUUCCACGGCCACCGUGGAUCGAGCACGAGCGAAACGAGAACAGAGCCAAUGGCACGGUCACGGAGAAUGGAAAACUGGAUUAUCGGUCGUUCUGCAAGCAAUUCGCGCCAUUUGUUGGCAAAUCCCCCGUGAUGGAGUCGAAGAAAUUGGAGGAACAACGUCAACGAGAAUUCGCUCAGAAGGAAAUGUUUCCUGGAGUGGUGGACGGCAAGAUAUCCUUCAAAAUGAUCCCAGAUAAACGUAUUCUAACCCAUCAGUUUCCUCCCGUAGAACGUAGAGAGCCGAAGGAAAAGUUUGAACCUGUUAAAAGUGGAAAAGAACGUGUAUACGGUGAGAAUAGUUUCCCCGAUGCUACUUUGAGAGGAAGUUCUUCUGUGGCUGUUCAAACUGGGAUGAACGAGGAGCAGGAUGAGGGGAGAUCCUUCAGAGUGGGGCCUAAGAUCUCCAAGGGUCAGAAUUUGGUUUAUAAUAAUGCUUCUGUGCAAACUUCUGAUUUAGAUAGACCAUCUAUAAGUGACACAGAGACUGGAAAACAGUGGAGACAUUCUUCUGACUCUGAGACUCAUCAAAGAAUCGUUCUGGAUCAUAAUCAGAAUUACCAUACUGUGUCUAGUGAUUCUGAGUUUAACAGUCCUGUAGUGGUCCCUGAAACACGUCCAGCCUCUGGUGAACAAGAUUUUAUUUUCCAGAAACAGGCUGGAAAUCCUAUAAAGAAUUAUCAGGCUGAGGAUAAUCAAGAUUACUCUUCUUCCUUCGUUUCACCUGCUUUGUCUAAUUACAACCAGUCAGACGAAGUAUCGGAUACAGUGGAACAAAAGACGACAGAUUGGCCUGUAGAAAGUUCCACUCUACCAGAUGACGAGAAUAUUCAAAAUCAAGACAUCAGUCCUGAAGUUGGAGUGGUUACAAGAUACACCUGUGCCAUUGCAACAGUUGCAUCGUCAGUGGACAGUCCUGAACCACGUUCUGAAGAGGUUCCAGUGGAUUCUAGAGCUUCCUCCUCUCCUUCACCUUCACAGUGGUCAUGGUCCAGAUCUAGACCACCGACUAACGAGACUGUGACCUCAGAGGAUGAGAUUCGUCGACACAAUCUGUUGCAACAGAGCUUAGUGCGUCGUCUACAGAAUGAAAUCACCACUCUGAACGAUCAGCCUAAUUAUCAACCAUCUAACUUUGGACAACACCUGACUGUCAGUCAGAGCCAACCUAAAAGCCUAAGUCCAACUUCUAGUUAUUCUCCUCAGCAACAUAGUCAACCUGUGAAUACUACCCAGACUCAUCAACAAUCCAUUUUAAGCCAUCAGAAACAGAGUUACAAGCAACCUGUAAACGUAGUUCAACCUCGCCAGAACUUCAAUCAACCCACGAGCAACGUUCAUCAGCAACAGAGUUACAAUCAACCUGCGAGCCUAAGUCCAACUUCUAGUUAUUCUCCUCAGCAACAUAGUCAACCUGUGAAUACUACCCAGAUUCAUCAACAAUCCAUUUUAAGCCAUCAGAAACAGAGUUACAAGCAACCUGUAAACGUAGUUCAACCACGCCAGAACUUCAAUCAACCCAUGAGCAACGUUCAUCAGCAACAGAGUUACAAUCAACCUGCAAACUUCGACCAACCAACGAGUUCUCAAGCAUCAAGUAGAUUCGCCAAGUUCCUAGCUCCUGUUCCUCAAAAGAAGCCAGAGCAAACCAGAGCAAGCUCUCCAAGUCCGGUAGCGGUAAACAGAGUGAUUGCCCUGAGAGAAGCCUACGAACAGUCGCCCAACUCUCCACCGAAAGCAAUUCAAAAGGAACGUUCUCCAAUUCCAAACGGUGUCACUCCAAUCGACUCCAGUGAUGAGUAUCUAGUCUCUUGUGCUAACAAACCCUCUAGAUCCAUAGUACUUUCAAAAUCAGAGUCCUGGCAUCAAUUGGCUAUCUCUAACAGUUAUCCUAGAGCUCCUAAGGUAAAUGUUCCAGUGUCAACAUCAGCUCAAGGUUCUCAUCCGAAGCCUCCAAAACCGAGAUCCCCAUCUUCACAAAAAUUGAGAUCCAAGCAGUUCGAGGCCUCCUCCAUGGCAGACAGUGUGAAAAAGAUGGAGGAUAAAAUCAGACAGUACUUCGACCAUCCUGCAGAACCUAUGGAGCAUAAGGAUACUUCAAAACACAGAAGAUCUCCCAGAUUUGCAGCUAAAGGAAUGGUUGGACUGUCUCGUAGCCGCACUAUGCCUGGCAUAACCGAUGAGAAACUACGUCUUCUGGUACCAGCUCCUCAACAAACGCCUCUGUUGAACGUGAACACCGCCGACGUCGACAAAGUGUUCGACGACCUGUUCGAGGAAACCACGAGGACCGAUACGCAAUAAAUAUGUUGAUCGAUCCGAUCGUCGUCUUCCUUGUCUAUUUUAACGCGGCGUGUAACCAGCCCGCGAUAUUGGAUUUUCUUCUUGGUCCAGCCGGAGGAACUGUGAACCCCGACGACGAUCCACGAUUUCUGGUCGUCGAAAUUGUUUUGUUGGACGAGAGAAGCCUCUAGUACCGUGUUCUAAAUCGAAACCGUAUAUCGUUAAUACGAGUAAUUUGUAUAGUUGACGGAAUGUCUCUCUCUUUUCUUUUGAAGGAAAAAAAAUUCAGAAGUAGAAAAGUGAAAGGCAGUGAAGUCUGAGUGAGGUGAAUAAUAAUAAUAGUAAUAAAUAAAAACAAAAAAAAUAGUAAAGCUUGAAAAAUUGACAAAUAAAAAUAAUAAUAAUGAGAGAAGCUCGAGAGGCAGUGAAUCUGCCAAAGUGGAUCUACAAGUGGAUAGAGAAGAUCGAGGCAAAAGUUGAAAGUCGUUCGUCUAGAGGGGACAAGACUGAAUGCUAAAACUGAUGAUUGUUGAAAAAAAGGGGGCGAGUUCUCUCUGUUGUUCGUUUCACACGAAGAAACGCCCUGAAAAGCUUGUGCUUUUCACACUCUUGUUUCUUUUUCUUUUCUUCUUCUUCUUCUUCUUUCUUUUCUUGUUUCUUC